AUGGCUGCAGCCCAGUCGCCCCCGGCUCGACCCGCGGGCCCCGCAGCCUCCUCGGGACGCCGAGCUACCACCGCCGCCGCCGGGAGUGAAUGGCCCGCCGAGCCCUCGCCGCCGCCGCCGCCGCCGCCGGUCAGCGCUCCAUCACCGGCCGUACUGCGCAGGCCUCUGCAGGGAGCCCCAGGCCUGAGUGUGCAGCAGCUGGAGCCCCACCAGAAGGUGGUCCAGGGCAGCUCUAUACAGCUGACCUGCAGGGUGACCCUGCCUGAGGUGGCCGAGAAGCUGCGGCUUGAGUGGCUCAAGGAUGGGCAGAUGCUGUGCCAGGCGCUCCUCAGUGGCCGCCAUCUGAGCCCCGGGCCCUGUGGGCACCGCGGCCACCACGUCUCCUGGCAGCCCCCUGAGACCUUCUUCCUGCACCUGGACCACGUCACCCUCAAUGACAGCGGGGACUAUGUGUGUGGGGCCACCCUGGAGAUACCACUGCUGGAGGAGGCCAAGGGCAACGGGUCCACACUGGAGGUGCUGGCAGGUGAGAACUCAGACUCCAGCCUCCCAGGCCCCCACGUGGCCCUGCUGCUGGCGGGGGGCGUGGCCUUGACGGUGACUUUGACCCUGCUGGGCUCCCGGUUCAGGAGCCGCCGCCGCCGCCACCUGGACUCAGCGCACCCCCUUUACAGUAACGUCCUAAACAGACCCCGCAAUAACCCCAAGGAAUCCAAGACCAGGCCCAUGGAGGAGGCGCAAGACGCUCCCGGAGAGGACCAAGAGUGUCUAUGCCGUCCCUGUACCUCGCUGCCCCUGACCCCAGCAGCCACUGAGUCCCAGACACCCCAACUCCGCCGGCAGCAUUUUCCCCGCCCCGGGCUUCUCUGAGUGGCCAGGGACAAUACGGUUUCCUGAAAUGGAGUCUCACUACCCCCCAGAGACCCGUGGGGGCGCCCCACUGCAGUGACCACAUGAAGAUGUGACAUUAAAAAAGCCUGGGGGAAGUCGGGUGGUGGCGCAGCGGGUUAAGCACACGUGGCGCAAAGCGCAAGGACCAGCAUAAGGAUCCUGGUUCGAGCCCCGGCUCCUCACCUGCAGGGAAGUCGCUUCACAAGCGGUGAAGCAGGUCUGCAGGUGUCUGUCUUUCUCACCCUCAGUCUUCCCCGCCUCUCUCCUUUUCUCUCUGUCCUAUACAACAAUGACGACAACAACAACAACAAUAUAUAUAUAUUUUAAAGGGCAACAAAAAAUAAAUAAAUAAAUAAAUAGAUGUUAAAAAAAAAAAGCCUGGGGGCUUCAUCAUGCCACCCCCAGAUCCCCAUCCUCACUCUGGUCCUUGCACCUCUCUCCCUUGGCCCCCAGGACAUGCAAUAAAGGCUAAUGCAUGGUGAAUUUGGGGGGUGCCAAUAGAUUUGAGGGUUCAGAGGUUAGAGAGCAUCAUCCAAGGACCCCGGAGCUGACGUCAGCAUGGGGUCCACAGGGACGUGUCCAAUUAGCAGGAAGGGGCCCCCUUUCCUUCACCCCCCCAUCUCUUGGAGGGAGGUCCCGGUAACCCUGGGGCCUCCUGACCAGACUGUCACCUUGAAGUGACACCAGCUGGGCCUGGCUUCCCCUCCCCCGCAGCUGCCUCCGCUGUUUCCAUAGUUUCCAUAGGGACAGCUGUCCCCUGCCUGCUGGUUCUCAUCUGUCUCUAUCCCAUCCUCCCCAGCUGGCCGGCUCAGUUAAGCUCCCUGGGUCAUGAACCCCGGCCUGA